GAGAGAGUUCACUGUUAGUUUAUCUGAGCUGCACUUACAGAGUUACUUAACGCAGGGAGCCCAGUGCUAGCUGUCUGCUGCACACUUGGUGGUGGGGAGUGUGUGUGUCUCACUGUUGCCGUCCAUUGAGUGAAGCCAAGCGGAUUGAGCACUAACCAACAUGUGGGCUGCACGUCCACAAAAAGAGCAGGCUCGCCCUGCUCUGGGGUCUAACUUCUGAGCAUGCUGGGUAAGGCUCCGCCCACGACCAGUAACCUCAACCUGGUGAACUCGGAAGUUUGUGAGACCACGGCGGCCCCGGACGCACACGACGGUAUCAAGAUGGCCGACCUUGUGGAGAGCCUGGAUACCAGAGAGCUGGACAUGGGGGAGGGAGAGGAGAUCGACUAUGAUGGAAACUUAGGGGACUGUCGUAUUCCAUUCUCAGCGGUGUAUGCCACAGUGGGCUUUAAGGAGGCCAAUGCUAAGGUCUACCUCCCCACUGUGCCCAUCACUGCCCGGAUCCUGGAGGUGGAGAGAUUCACCACAGCGCAAGACCGCUUCAACCUGUCGCACCACAGGAGUGUCAACAAGUCUCUGCCAGCAGUGUUCAGGAUUGAGCUGAAGCACGGUGAGUUUACCUGGGUGGUUAAGAGGAAGGAGAAACAUUUCAUGGAGCUGCACAGAGAGCUGAGGACAUACAAGACUUUCAUGCGGAUACCGCUGCCAUCACGCAGCCACACAGUGAGGAGAAGGACAGUGAGGAAGAGUGAGGUGAGGGAGAUGCCCUCCCUGCCGAGGGGAGGGGGAGACGAGCUGGUGCGAGAUGAGCAGGUCUCCAGCAGGAGGAGACAAUUAGAAGACUAUAUGAACAAGCUGCUGAGGAUGGCCAUGUACCGCAAAUAUCACCAUACUAUGGAGUUCAUUGACGUCAGCCAGAUGUCAUUCAUUCACGACUUGGGACCCAAAGGACUGGAAGGGAUGAUCUAUAAGCGCUCAGGCGGACAUCGUAUCCCUGGCAUGAACUGCUGUGGUCACAGCCAGGCCUGCUACCGCUGGUCCAAACGCUGGCUGGUGGUGAAAGACUCAUGCCUGCUGUACAUGAAGCCAGACACAGGGGCCAUCUCUUUUGUCCUGCUGUUGGAUAAAGAGUUCAGCAUCAAGAUGGACUCCAAAGACACAGAGACCAAACACGGAGUCCGGAUUGAUAGCCUCUCCAGGACCCUGGUGUUCAAAUGCAGCAGCUACAGACACGCGCGCUGGUGGGGUCAGAGUAUUGAGAGCUUUGUGAGGAGUCAUGGGAAGGCUUUCCUCCGAGCUCACCGCUUUGGCUCAUUUGCACAGGAACAGGAAGACAUCCCUUCCAAAUGGUAUGUGAAUGGAAAGACUUACAUGGAGGAUGUUGCUGAUGCUUUGGAGGAGGCUAAAGAGGAAAUCUUUAUCACUGACUGGUGGUUGAGUCCAGAGAUUUUCUUGAAGAGACCUGUAGUGGAAGGCAACAGGUGGAGGCUAGACUGCACCCUCAAACGCAAAGCACAACAGGGAGUGCGGAUCUUUGUGAUGUUGUAUAAGGAGGUGGAGCUCGCCCUGGGCAUUAACUCAGGCUACAGCAAGAGGACCCUCAUGCACCUGCACCCCAACAUCAAGGUGAUGCGUCAUCCAGAUCACGUCUCCUCCUCCGUCUAUCUGUGGGCGCAUCAUGAGAAGAUCGUUGUCAUUGACCAAUCAGUGGCCUUCGUGGGCGGCAUCGACCUGGCAUACGGUCGCUGGGACGACAGAGAGCACCGGCUGACGGAUGUCGGCAGUGUGACACGCUCUGUGGCCCUGGAGCAGGCUGGCUCCACAAACACUCCGUCCGGUAAGCGUGUGUCCUCUGACCAUGGCAUCUCCAAGAGCAAUGGACAAGGGACGCCGCCCGGUGAUUCCGUGGACUUGCCCAAGCUGAAGGGGAUUGGACGCAAUAGGAGGGCUCGCUUCAGUUUGUACAGACACCUACAGAAGCACGCUUUGCAGCCUGCGGACAGUGUCAGCAGCGUCGACAGUGCAGGGAGUGGUUCAGUGCGAAGCCUAAAGACAGGUGUUGGAGAGUUACAGGGGAACACCCGCUUCUGGCAUGGAAAAGACUACUGCAACUUUGUCUACAAAGACUGGAUCCAGUUGGAGAAACCUUUUGAUGACUUCAUCGACAGGUACAUAACUCCCAGAAUGCCUUGGCAUGACAUUGCCUCAGUGGUUCAUGGCAGAGCUGCCCGGGAUGUGGCCAGACACUUCAUUCAGCGUUGGAACUUUACUAAGAUCAUGAAGCCAAAGUACCGCUCUUUGUCUUAUCCAUUCCUGCUGCCCAAGUCUCACUCCAGUGCCAGUGAGCUCAGAUAUCAAGUUCCUGAUUGCGUCAAUGCCAAAGUGCAGGUGUUGCGGUCAGUGGCAGAUUGGUCAGCAGGCAUAAAGUACCACGAGGAGUCCAUCCACAAUGCCUACAUCCAGGUCAUCGUUAAGAGCGAACACUACAUCUACAUCGAGAACCAGUUCUUCAUCAGCUGUGCCGACGGCAGGAUGGUGUACAACAAGAUCGGAGACGCCAUCAUUGAAAGGAUCAUCAGAGCGCACAAGGAGGGUAAGAAGUACCGUGUGUAUGUGGUCACCCCUCUGCUUCCUGGCUUCGAGGGGGACAUCACCACAGGGGGAGGGAACGCCCUCCAGGCUGUCAUGCACUUCAACUACAGAACCAUGAUCAGAGGAGAACACUCCAUCAUCUCGCAGCUUAAAAGAGAGAUGGAUGACCAGUGGAUGAACUACAUCUCCUUCGCUGGAUUGCGAACUCACGCUGAGCUGGAGGGACGCCUGGUCACAGAGCUCAUCUACGUCCACAGCAAGAUGCUCAUCGCUGACGACAACACAGUCAUCAUCGGUUCUGCUAACAUCAACGACAGAAGCAUGCUGGGUAAACGCGACAGCGAGGUGGCAGUCAUCAUUGAGGACUCAGAAAAGGUUGCAGCGGUGAUGGACGGACAGGAGUAUGAAGCUGGACCCUACGCUCUUCAGCUUCGCCUCGAAUGUUUCAGGACUAUCCUUGGAGGCCACACUGACACUAGUAUUGACCUGUCUGACCCCAUCAGUGAUCGUUUCUAUAAGGAGGUGUGGAUGACCACAGCUGGCCGCAACGCCACCAUAUAUGAGAAGGUAUUUCGUUGCCUUCCCUCGUCCCUGGUGAGGAACAUGUCAGAGCUGGAGCAGUACCAGUCCAAACCAGGUCUGGCGCAGACUGACCUAGCCCGCGCUCAGGAGGAGCUGCGCAAAAUCCGAGGCUUCCUGGUCCAGUUUCCUCUCGAUUUCCUGUCAGAGCAGAACCUCCUGCCCUCCGUUGGAACAAAGGAGGCCAUGGUCCCAACGGAGAUCUGGACAUAAAGGACGUGUUACCGCUUCCAGCCACUUACACAUCUGAAACUGUUUCUCGAGCAUCUUGAGUGACGUAUCUGGAUUGUGGUUGUCGUCAAAUGUGUAUUAUUGGAUUUGCAAGAGAUCGCCUUGAAUCCAGAGAUGAGAGGCAGUUUCCUCUGGAUUAAUAUGACUGCUGGGCAUUGACAAAUCUCUAAACUCUGUUCCUACUGGAAAACAGUAGUUACGGCUUAUUAGGGUAAGCAUUGGUAAGUAUUGGGAUGUAUGAAGAACAAAAUGAAACCACACUUGAGGCCAAAUUGAUGACUGCAUUGUAACUGCAUUCAAGCUGUGGACUGUCUACAUGAACUUUGGGUUUUGGGAAUCAAACUCAGCUUCGGGCACUUAGACCUUUUGGACUGUUGGAAAAGCUCACAAGACAGCGAGGAUUUUUGAGGGACCAGGGUGAGGCGGUAGUAAAGGUUUUGACAAUGACGCUAACAAAAGCUCUUGAGCUUCACAAAACACACAGAGAUUCUGAUGCAUGUGAUUUAUUGAGUUUGUGACGCAUGCUCGUGAGGUGCGUUAGUGCUACGUAUGUCAGGAUCCAGGAACAAAAGCUAAGGCAACUCCAUUAUAUUGUAGUGUGUUCAGAAGGAUGAGACAAUCGGCCCACAAAUUGAAAGGUGUCAUUUCCUCUUUGCUCAACAGAUGGUGCUAGCUUCUUACAAAUACAGUUUGUGUACAGUUAUUACAGUGUGUGUGAAUGUGAUUUAAAAAAAAAAAAAAAGGUGGUCCCACUGUUGUAAAUCACAAAAAACAAGUUUAUUAUUAAUGUGGUUUUGCUCAUGUUUGUGUGUGCAGUCAGCACAACUGUGAGGGAAAGAUUAAGAGUACAAGUGAAAUUAUUUAGAAAGACACAAGGAACAUAACAGAGGCUUACUUAAAUCAGAACAAACAAAGGAUGACAUGCCCUCUUUCCUUCCUUGGAGGGAUUAUUAUCAUGAAUGAGGUGUUGACACACUUAAUAGAGCUCAUUCAUUAUAAUUCUCAGCACUACUCACAUUUGGUUGGAACAGAAGAUUCAGUACCUCGAACUGAUAUAAAAGAUUGCACGGACAUGCCUUCAUAUGCUUUAGGUAACUCAUUGCAUUUUUUGUAUUUUGGAAAGUUUAGUGGUUUUAUAGUGGGAUUAGGGAUCCAGAAACCCUCAAAAGCUUCUUCUUAUCGUUAUCAGAGUAAGAAUAUUUUCCAUUAGUGUUUUAACUCUUUAUCAACUGUCAUUUCCUCAACCGUAAUGAGGAUAGGAAUAUAAUCUUCUGUCACCUCACUUCUCCCAGUGGACGAUAUCAGCAGAUGAACUACAUCUCCUUCACUGGUCUUCUUCAAAAUGCUGUUUGUGUCCAGCCUUUCAGUUUCCCCAGCUAUUUCUCUCAAUCUUACGGCGACGGCUUUUUUAUGAAGUGCACAAAAUUCCGUCUUUGAAACAUUAUAAACAACGACAAGUAAAAACAAUAUUUUCCACAGAGCACGCAACUGAUGCCCAAGGCAAAGCCUUCAUAUGAAGAAACCUUCAUAUGAAAAUGAAAUCACUUGUUACGUUUCCAGUUUCCUGGCAGUUCCAGUUGUUUUCUUGAUGGAGUUUUUAAUGAGGAGUGAAAAUAAAAUUCUCUCUCAAAAGCAUUUUGGUUUAUGUAAUGUAACACAGCCUGUAUCUGUCAAGGAAAAAUGAAACUUGUAUUGGGAUUGUUAUAGUGUGUCCUCAUGUGACCUAUGAGGAAAUUGUCGUAAUUUGUACUGUAUGUGUGAAUGUACGGACUAUAUGUGUUUCCUGAUUUGUUUUAAUUUUUAACAUUUGUCACAGUAUCUUGUUUGAACACCAACGUCCUCUAAAUGUGAAGUUAAAGAACCACUCCAAUCCAGCUGUGCUCAGUGGUUUCAUUGUCCUCUGUUUUCUCACGAAAAGAGCACCUAAGUCUUAAUUAUGCUGUUGCACAACCGACAUGUGAAUCACUGGCAUUUAUAUAACAGAAGCUGACAGUAGUUGAGUUGCGUGGGAAUGAAAUAUUGUUUUUUUGUUGGGACCAGUGAACUGAUGAAUGUUAACUGAAGUGAUAAAGUUUGGAAACGGUAUGCUCUUUGUUUUUACAAAGACUAGAAAAAAGAAAAGAAAAAAUGAUUUUGUCAAAAUUGUCUGUAUUGUUUACCCUUGCUGUAUCAUCAUUGCAUUAUUUAUGGAUUAUGAAUCAUUUAACAUUGAAACAUUCAUUUUUUAAAUGUAUGGCAUGGUUGUAUGGAUGAGGUUUUGGUAACUUAACCUCUGUUUCUUUGUCAUAAACAUCCUGCAGCCGUCUUUUAUAUCACCUGUCUGUAUCCUUUGGCCUCAGUUUAGCUGCUCUUGCUUGCACUCUGUUUAUGUACAGUAUCCUCUUUUUACAGUUGAAAGUAUUUCUAAUUUCUGUCAUUUAACAAAAUGGAGCUCAUAAUUUAAAUGGCUAACAAA